AUUUCGUCUGAAUUGGCCUGGUUUGAAAAGGAAACCAUUGCAUAGAUAGAGAAGGUGGAGGUGAAGGAAAUAUAGCGGCUAGGGUUUUAGGAUGCCGAGUUUCAACAAGGUGCAGAAACAAAGGCGAGCGGCAAUCGCUGAACGAAAGAGAGCGAUUUUCGGUGAUCCCUUCACCGGAAAGAUUAAACAGAAACCCCAGCCACUUUCGAUUUCCGGGAAGCGCAAGCGCAAGAUCUUCAAAAAAUGGCGAAAGGAGCAAAAGGAGGCUCUGGGGAAGGGCUUAAUCACGAUGGAAGAUGUUGAAAUGGCUGUUGCUGAUGGGAAGGUUGGAGAAGCCAACAAGAACCCCAGGAAUUUCCACUUAAAGAAGAGCUCAAAACUCAAAUUGAAGCAGCUUAAGAAGAAGAAAGGCAAGAGCAAAUCAAAAUCCCAUAAACAAACGGAAGGAACUUCUGGGAAUGCAAUGGAAGAGUAAAUUGCAAAAUUUGUAUGUCAGAUUUUGUAUGUCAGGGGUGUAUUGUAUUAGGAUUUAGUGGCAAAAUUUUAAAAGUCCAUGGAUUUUAAAAGUUUAGGUGUAUUCAAUGUGGACUUUUAAAAGUCCACAAAAGUCUAGGUGUAUUCAAUUCGGACUUUUAAAAGUCUAUAAAAGUCUAGGCGUAUUCAAAUUUCCGUUCAUUCUUAUUGACUUCUAAAAUCAUGGAUUCUCGUGGACUUUUAACUCAUUUUUAGUGCAAAAAUUCUCUACAAUUGUCUCUUCUCCUCA